UUAGUUUAUUUUAUUUUUAAAAUCGAAUUAUGUUUUGUUUAUAAUUAACUUUAAUAUACAUUUCAAUUCUAUAUAUAUUUAAUUAUAUUCAAUAAAAGCUAGAUAGUGCUUUCAUUUUACAAAGUCUUAAAGCUUGUCAUCACCGAUGACCAUUUAAUUUGGCACAGGCGAAAAGGAAAAAUCAUUGACGUAGCACAGAACCGAGGAAACAGAGGUCUUUUCUAAGUUUUCGUUUUGGCCUUUUGCGUUUGCUCGUUAAGACGACAGACUAGCAGAUUCAAAGCUCGGCAGAAUGUCUCUCGCUCCGAAGGACUUGAUUCACUCGGCCUCAGGCCUGCGUAAACCCACCUGGAAUUUUGGAACACGGAAUGCUACAGCUCAAAAUAAUCCUACAUAUUCAUGGAUUUCCCCAUGGAUGGCAAAUGUGCGUUCGCCAUAACCACGGAUUUCCCGCACCACAAUCACGAGGUGAUGUUAGUAUCAAGCCAAAAGGCCCUACGGAAAACCCUACUAUAAAUCACAAUUAUCUCGGGAACCCCUUGGAUAUGCUUAUGUUCGGCGAAGGAUGCCAGCAUGGCAAUGAAGCAGGGACCAAGAAUAUUGUGAUUGGCUCGUGGCCACGAUACAACAAUCACUACAACUUUACCACUCGAGAGGGCUGGGUUUCUGUUAUCAGGUCCAGUGCAGACACAUGCAAGUGUUGCUUUCAUUCUCCAUUUUGUUUUCCUUUCCGACACUCGUGUUCCUCACAAUACAUUAUCAAUUGGUUGACACUCUUAUUCUUGCCCCUUAGGCUAUUAUCCAAAUGGUACAUGCAAGAUGGCCAAGGUAGAUGAUCCGAUGGUGGCAAUACUUGACGAGAAAGUAAAUGUUCGUGGGAUUUGCGGACCUCAGGUUGCAGAUUGAAGAAUCAUGCUAUUUCUCAUUGGAAGCAUCCUCCAAUGCCUGUCUAUGGAAUUGCCGAGAAGGCAGCGGAUUAGAUCAAAGCAGUCAAUUAGUUCCUUCUCAUACACGAUCAAAUACUUAUACAGAGGCAGAUUUGGUCCAUAAUCAUGCUUUAGACGCCUGUGGUAGGCCGGAAUCC